AUGCUAAAAACACUUGGACUAGUCAUAUAUCUAAAUUCAAUUUAUUCUUUGAAAGAACCAAACAUCUCUCAACUAGACAUAAACGCUAUAAGCAACAUCGUAGCAUCAAAACCAGGCAACAUAACGCAAAUCAACGAAAAUAUGACUCUAGAUUUUUUCUAUGGCAAUUCAAAUUCAACUGCAGAUGGAACAAAUGAAAACAUAGAUUUGAGUUUCCUCGAUAUGGACACCCAAAAUCAUAUUCUAAGUAUAGCCAAAGCAAAAAACGAAGAAACAGAAGCAUAUAUAAAUAAAACAAUUCAAAGACGUAGAAAUGAAGCUUAUUACCACGUGCCAUUUUUCUACAACAAGACUUUAGAUUUGAUGAAACAGUCGAUUUAUGGCACCAGAUACAAACUCCAAGAGACGAGGGAACUUAGGAUGAAAUAUUCUAAGGACCUGCCAUAUAAUAUUGCUAUAUUGUACGGAGCUUUAAUGCAAAUGAGAAUCAAAAUAGAUAACAUAUAUGCAACGUUGAUGAAAUUUCCCUUGCAUUAUAAGUUUCUUUACUUUCUUAUUGUUUAUGAACGAUGUGUUGCGAUAAAUAUGGAUGUAACGGAUAUGGUGAAAAGAAUAUUUGAUAUCGCGGAUAUGUAUAGGAAGGCGUUAGGGGAGGGAGAGGAGAACAGCGAUGACGAAGAAUUUGGACCACCUAAACUAAUUGGC